UGCUUCAUGAUCACUUCAGUUUUAAAUUUGUUCAAAUAAGCUAUGAAUCAUAUUUCUUUUUUUCUUUUGCAGCUGUUUUUCAGAGUAUGUGUUAAUAUUGGUGAAUUGUCUGAUUUGUUGAUUCAGCAAGCUAUUACUUCAGUUGUCAAAGUGUCUGAUGAAUUUGAACAUGAAGACGUAGAGGUGGAUGAUGUAUGUUACGGAGUGUUUUCAAUUGUGAAUUUAACAGCAAAAAAAAAAAAUAUGGAGUGUAUUAGGCAAAUACAUUCAUUGCUGUUAGACAAAUGCAAGGAAGUCUGUGCUGAGAGUGACUAUGGAACCUUUAAAAACAUCCUUGAGGAUAUGGAAAAACAUGUUGGCCUCAUAAUCAGUGAACGCCUGGUCAACAUUCCAGCACAAAUAGCAGUGCCACUUUAUGCUGGAUUAAGCCAUGAUAUUAAAAAAUACAAAGCACUAGGACAACCAUUUGAUUUUGCUUAUUAUAUCAUAAUAAGUAAACUUAUUGUAUAUGACAGUGGCCCAGUGGAAGACCGGGUGCAUUAUGCAAAUCCUGAAGAAGAAAUUAUUGCUGAGUCAGCAGUGAUGUCAUUUGAUUACCCAGUUUCCAAUGAAAACGAUUCUGGUGCAUGGACAGAUGAGGGAAAUGAAGGUCGUCGAAAACGAAGAGUGAUGCUCAUACCUGCUUCUAAAUAUGAUGAAAUGUAUUUGAAAAUGGUUUCAGAAAUUUCUCAAGCAUAAUUCUAAAUUUUCGUGACUGUGUAUUAUUUAUGUAAUAAAUUGUUUUCAAACAUGCUGAAA